UGCUCUGGAACGCUUAAUGGCUGUACUUAAUUCGACCAUUACAACAAUUAGAUGCAAGAUGAUACCAUCGACAUUUGAAGUAAUACUACUUCUUCAUCAGAACGAGAUUCCAAUUAAGUUCUCAAAUCGCAUUUUCGCGAGAAAAUGGUGGUUGUAAACGAAAUCCCCAGCUCCGACGCAAAAAGAGAGUCGCCGGUGGUGCUAAUGUGGGGAUAUCUUCCCGGAGCCACGCAACAGCGGUUGCCGCUGCUGUCGCCAACCGCCGUACCAUUUUUGGAAUCCGGCGAGUCGUGGAAGGACGUUUGUGGCGGUGGUUGUGGCUUCGGCUUGGCGAUUUCAGAGUCAGGGAAGCUCAUCACCUGGGGAUCAACUGAUGAUCAAGGCCAAAGCUAUCUGGCAGCUGGCAAGCAUGAGGAGACUCCCAAAGAAUUUUCACUUCCAACUGAGGCUCCAAUCGUGAAGGCUGCAGCUGGUUGGGCACAUUGCGCAACUGUUUCAGAUCAAGGGCACGUGUAUACAUGGGGCUGGAAAGAAUGUGUUCCAUCUGGUACAAUUUCCCGUAAUUUUAUUGCCGGGGUAACAGGUGAAGGCGAGGCUCCAGAGAAGCAAAUUUCAGUGUUGACCGAGCAAGGACACAAUCCAAUUAUGAGCCCACGGUCUCCAAGGACAAAAUCAGCUCUUAGCUUGGAAUCUCAUCUAGACAACACGAAAUCUGAAGGGGAACAGGCCAAGCGAAGGAGAACAUCACCUGCAAAACCAGAGUUAGAAAGUUCGAUACCUAUUGAUGAAACAUUUUCAGCCCCACCAUGUCUUGUGGCAAUGGAUCCCGGUGUGAAGGUUACAUCUGUUGCGGCUGGUGGGCGUCACACAUUAGCCCUAUCAGAUGUAGGACAGGUAUGGGGUUGGGGAUAUGGAGGAGAAGGCCAGCUUGGUUUGGGCUCGCGAAUAAAAUUGGUGGCUUCUCCACACCUUAUACCCUGCUUUGAGUUAUCCAUGAAUGGGAAGCAGAGGCCUCCUAUAAAUUCAGCAAAUCCUGUUCAAAAAGGGAGUGGAAUUGGAAGCUACAUAAAGACCAUUUCUUGUGGAGGUCGUCAUAGUGCAGUCAUUACUGAUUCUGGUACUCUCCUUACUUUUGGCUGGGGAAUGUAUGGGCAGUGUGGACAAGGGAACACCGAUGAUAUCCUGAAACCUACGGCUGUGGUCUCUUUGUCUGGCACAAGCAUUGAAGCAGUUGCAGCAGGGCUCUGGCAUACAAUUUGCGUAUCCUCUGAUGGUCGUGUCCGUUCCUUUGGCGGUAACCAGUUUGGCCAAUUGGGAGUUGGUACAACCAGUGCUGAUCAGGUUGAGACAUUGCCUAGGGUUUUGGAUGCUCCAAUUCUUGAAAACAGCAUGGCCAAAGCAGUAUCCUGUGGAGCUCGUCAUAACGUGUUACUCACAGAUGAUGGUAAAGUAUAUUGCUGGGGAUGGAACAAGUAUGGUCAGCUAGGUUUGGGUGAUGCAAUUGACCGAAGCUCUCCUGCUCCAGUUCCAUUAGAAGGUUUCACUCCUAGAAGUACAACUUGUGGCUGGUGGCACACACUGUUGCUCGCGGAAGGAUCAGCUUGA